AGCCUGUGCAUCCGCAUGGUCUCCAGCCCAUGGUUUGAACGUGUCAGUAUGAUGGUGAUCCUGUUGAACUGCGUCACCCUGGGGAUGUACCAGCCCUGUGAGAACAUCGACUGCUCCUCGGACCGAUGCCAAAUUCUACAGGCCUUUGACGCGUUCAUCUACAUCUUCUUCGCUCUGGAGAUGGUCAUAAAGAUGGUCGCCUUGGGAAUCUUCGGCCGCCGCUGUUACCUCGGGGACACGUGGAACCGGCUGGAUUUCUUCAUCGUCAUGGCAGGGAUGGUUGAAUACUCGCUGGACCUACAGAACGUCAACUUUACCGCCAUCAGAACAGUGAGAGUACUUCGGCCUCUCAAAGCUAUAAACAGGGUGCCAAGCAUGCGUAUCCUGGUCAACCUGCUUCUGGACACUCUGCCCAUGCUGGGUAACGUCCUCCUCCUCUGCUUCUUCGUCUUCUUCAUCUUCGGCAUCAUCGGGGUGCAGCUGUGGGCGGGGCUGCUGAGGAACCGCUGCUACCUGGAGGAGAACUUCACACUCACUACGGGUAUCAAUCUGCCUCGGCCCUACUACAUGCCCGACGAGGAUGACGAGCGGCCCUUCAUCUGCUCCCUGCCGGUCGACAACGGCAUCAUGUCCUGCUCCGACGUCCCGGCUCGCCGCGAGGGAGGCAGGACGUGCUGCCUGGACAAAGACGACGCCCUCUACCGCCAGUCGCUGGGCCUGAGCCCCGAGCCUCUGGCCAACGGGAGCGUCAGCGUAGCGGGGCUCUGUGUCAACUGGAACCAGUACUACACCAGGUGUCAUACUGGGCACAGCAACCCGCACAAAGGAGCCAUUAACUUUGACAACAUUGCCUAUGCUUGGAUUGUCAUCUUCCAGGUGAUCACUCUGGAGGGAUGGGUGGAGAUCAUGUACUAUGUGAUGGACGCGCAUUCGUUCUACAACUUCAUCUACUUCAUCUUACUGAUUAUUGUGGGUUCCUUCUUCAUGAUCAACCUGUGCCUGGUCGUCAUCGCCACCCAGUUCUCGGAGACCAAGCAGAGGGAGCAUCAGCUGAUGCAGGAGCAGCGAGCUCAGUGCUCGUCCUCCUCCACCCUCGCCAGUGAACCCGGGGACUGCUACGAAGAGCUGUUCCAGCUGGUCUGCCACGUCCUCCGCAAGGCCAGGAGACAAACUGUCGCCCUUUUCAACACCCUGCGGGGGAAGCCUCGUGGCUUUCGGGGUGUCGGGCGAGGUAGAGGAGGGGGAGAGGGGAGGGAGAGGAAGGCCAACGAACGAGGGAGGCGUGAGAGGAAAGCAGUGUUGAGGCACGGUCCUCCCUGCCCCCACCAUAACAAACCUGACCACACCUCCCCCGCUGAGCCCAUGGCCCUCGCCGCCGCCUCUGCCUCCGAGGGCUGCCGUCAGUGCGCCGCCGCCGUGUCGCUCACCGACGGCGUCGGACCAGUUCGCAGUGCAGCCAGCGGGGAGGCAGAGGAGGGAGCCGUGGAGGAGGCGGACAGGGAGGGGGCACAGUCCGGUGGUAAGGAGAAGGGCAAGAAAGGCCAGGAUGGCGCAGAGAACCAUGGGGGCUGCAGUCCUAGGAAGCAAUGCACGAAUCUGUGGUACGAGACGAGGAGGAAGCUGUGGGGCAUCGUGGAGAGCAAGUACUUCAACCGGGGCAUCAUGAUCGCCAUCCUGAUCAACACCAUCAGUAUGGGCAUCGAGCACCACGAGCAGCCAGAGGAGCUCACCAAUGUUCUGGAGAUCUGCAACAUCGUCUUCACCAGCAUGUUCUCCUUGGAGAUGAUCCUCAAACUGACGGCUUUCGGUUCAUUCAGCUACCUGCGAAACCCCUACAAUGUCUUUGAUGGAGUCAUCGUCAUCAUAAGUGUGUGUGAGAUCGUCGGCCAGUCUGACGGCGGUCUGUCUGUGCUGAGGACCUUCAGGCUGCUGCGGGUGCUGAAGCUGGUGAGGUUCAUGCCAGCCCUGAGGAGACAGCUGGUGGUCCUCAUGAAGACCAUGGACAACGUGGCCACCUUCUGCAUGCUGCUCAUGCUUUUCAUCUUCAUCUUCAGUAUCCUGGGGAUGCACAUCUUUGGCUGUAAGUUCAGUCUCAAGACAGAGACCGGUGAUACAGUACCAGACAGGAAGAACUUUGACUCCCUCCUCUGGGCCAUUGUCACUGUUUUCCAGAUUCUGACCCAGGAGGACUGGAACGUGGUUUUGUACAAUGGUAUGGCAGCUACUUCACCCCUCGCAGCUCUUUACUUUGUGGCCCUCAUGACUUUUGGAAACUACGUCCUCUUCAACCUGCUGGUGGCCAUCUUGGUUGAAGGCUUUCAGGCAGAGGGAGACGCCAAUCGCUCUUACUCGGACGACGACCGCUCCUCUUCCAACUUUGACGAGAGCGAGAAACACGACUCCAUAAAGUUGUCAGACCCGAGGAUCUGCACCUUGACGCCCAAUGGCCAUCUGGAGCUGGGCGCUCGUUCGGGACCCAGGGGAUCCUAUUCCUCUGAGAGGCGGAGCUUCACCGUCGAGUCCAGAAAGAGCAGUGUGAUGAGCCUGGGCAAGAGCAGCCUGGAGAGACGCUCCCUCUGCCACAGCCGCAGUUCCAACUACCACAACUGGGGACGGCCUUUCCAUCCACACUCUGCGUGGAGCCGCAGGUCUAGCUCAAACAGCCUGGGCCGGAGGAGCUACGGGUUUGGCGGGGCGCCUCUGGUAGGAGGCAGCCUCCGUGUGCACAGCACCCGCUCCCCCCACUCCUACGCCUACGCCGCUGAGCAGGAGUCCCUUCUCUCCCACCCGCCCCACUCCCAUCAUCCCCUGCUGCCUCAUCAUCCACCGCCACCGCCGCUGUUCCUCUCCAGACACUUUGCGGCGAGGAGGGAUCGGCGGGCUCUCUCCCUGGAGCUCCCAGAGCUGCUUCGGGCAGGCGGACAGCCCCUGGGCCUGCCCCCCGUCCACCCGGACCCCGGGAGGAGGAGUGGGUCCGGGGCGGGGGGGUCCAUCACCGCGGGGUCCGGGGCUGGGAGUGGUUUUGGAGUGGACCACCGGGACUGUAACGGAAAGGCCCACACCCAUCUGAUGGCCGAGGUUUUCCCUCAGGUCAAUGCGCGCAAGGACAGAGCGGACCUCGAUGAAGAGACGGACUAUAGUCUGUGCUUCCGUAUCCAGAAGAUGAUGGAGGUGUACAAGCCGGACUGGUGUGAAACCAGAGAGGAGUGGUCCGUCUACAUGUUCUCCCCUCAGAACAAGUUCAGACUGCUCUGUCAGUCCAUUAUCGCCCAUAAGCUCUUUGACUACGUGGUCCUGGUUUUCAUCUUCCUCAACUGCAUCACGGUGGCUCUGGAGAGGCCAAAGAUUCUGCAGGGCAGCCUGGAAAGAGUGUUUCUCACCAUUUCCAACUACAUCUUUACUGCCAUUUUUGUUGCGGAGAUGACGGUCAAGGUGGUGUCCAUGGGUCUGUACCUGGGGGAGAGGGCCUAUCUCAGGAGCAGCUGGAACAUACUCGACGGUUUCCUGGUCUUCGUCUCUUUGAUUGACAUCGUGGUUUCCAUGGCGGGCGGGGCUAAGAUCCUGGGGGUGCUUCGUGUUCUCAGGUUGCUCCGGACGCUGCGUCCCCUCAGGGUGAUCAGCAGGGCUCCAGGUCUGAAGCUGGUGGUUGAGACCCUCAUCACGUCCCUCAAGCCCAUCGGCAACAUUGUUCUCAUCUGCUGCGCCUUCUUCAUCAUUUUUGGCAUCCUUGGUGUUCAGCUCUUCAAAGGCAAGUUCUACUACUGUGUGGGCUUCGACGUGAAGAACAUCACUAACAAAUCCGACUGUCUGGCUGCCAACUAUCGAUGGAUUCACCACAAAUACAACUUUGACAACCUCGGACAGGCUCUGAUGUCCCUGUUUGUGCUGGCCUCCAAAGACGGAUGGGUCAAUAUCAUGUACCAUGGUCUGGAUGCAGUGGGAAUUGACCAGCAGCCUGUGACCAACAACAACCCGUGGAUGCUGCUCUACUUCAUCUCCUUCCUCCUGAUCGUCAGCUUCUUCGUCCUCAAUAUGUUCGUGGGCGUGGUGGUGGAGAACUUCCACAAGUGUCGGCAGCACCAGGAGGUGGAGGAGGCCAGGCGCCGCGAGGAGAAACGCCAGCGCCGCAUGGAGAAGAAGAGGAGAAAGGCCCAGAAGAUGCCCUACUACGCCUCCUACGGCCGCGCCCGCCUGGCCAUCCACACUCUGUGCACCAGCCACUACCUGGACCUGGUCAUCACCUUCAUCAUCUGCAUCAACGUCAUCACCAUGUCUCUGGAGCACUACAGCCAGCCACAGUCUCUGGAGACUGCACUGAAGUACUGCAACUACUUCUUCACCUCCACCUUUGUGAUUGAGGCCUCUCUCAAACUGGUCGCCUUUGGCUUCCGACGCUUCUUCAAGGACAGGUGGAACCAGUUGGACCUGGCCAUUGUGCUGCUGUCAGUGAUGGGCAUCACCCUGGAGGAGAUUGAGAUCAACGCCUCCCUCCCCAUCAACCCAACCAUCAUCAGGAUCAUGAGGGUGCUCAGGAUUGCACGAGUGUUGAAGUUGUUGAAAAUGGCAACUGGGAUGAGAGCUCUGCUAGACACAGUGGUCCAGGCUCUUCCUCAGGUGGGAAACCUCGGUCUGCUCUUCAUGUUGCUGUUCUUCAUCUACGCUGCUCUGGGAGUGGAGCUGUUUGGAGAGCUGGUCUGUAACGCCGACUACCCCUGUGAGGGAAUGAGCCGCCACGCCACAUUUGAGAACUUCGGAAUGGCCUUCCUCACGCUCUUCCAGGUUUCUACCGGGGACAACUGGAAUGGCAUCAUGAAGGACACGCUGAGGGAGUGCCCGCCGGGCCAUACAGGCACUGACUACGGCUGCCACGCGGGACUGCAGUUCAUCUCGCCGAUGUAUUUCGUGUCCUUCGUGCUCACGGCUCAGUUUGUCCUGAUAAACGUGGUGGUGGCCGUGCUCAUGAAGCAUCUGGACGACUCCAACAAGGAGGCGCAGGAGGACGCCGAGAUGGACGCCGAGAUCGAGCUGGAGCUGGCCCAGGGCGGCCUCUGCUGCAUGAUGGGAGGCAUCGGGGCCAUCGCCGGGGCCACGGGUGGCGCUGCGAGCGGGGCGAGCACCGGCGGGGGAGCGGCUGGUGUGAUUGCAGCGGGGACAGCCGGGGGUCCGGGCGCCGGGGUGAUGGCACCGCUGCGAGAUGGAGGAGGAGGAGGAGGAGCAGGAGGAGGAGGCGGCGGUGCAGCUCAUGAGGGACACACCAACCAUCGAUGUCGACUCUACUCUCCCGCUCAGGAGAGCCAGUGGCUGGACAGUGUAUCUCUGCUGAUUAAGGACUCGUUGGAAGGAGACAUGAUUGACAACCUCUCCGGUUCGGUUUUCCACCACUACUGCUCUCCUCCAGUCUGCAAGGAUUGUAAGAGUCAUCCACAAGAGAUCCGAUUGGCGGAGGUGGAGCAGGCGUCCCUGAUGUCAGAGCAGCUGUCAGACAAGUCGUCGUCUCCGGCGCUGCCCGAUGACCUCAGCCUGGACGAACACAGCAGCUACCAGCUGCUGGUCAGAGACAGCCAGAGGGGCAGCAGUGACUCCCGCAGUUCGGAGGAGUUGCCCACACGGAGGGGCUACAGAGGGCUCCGUCCCUCCAGCUCAGGAAGCGAGGAGGGGGUCCAGGAGUUGUUUGAGGUGGGCGUCCAUCCUCAGUUGAACCCUCCCUCGCUGGAGAAGCAGAGCCCGGCACGUUGCACAGAUGGUGAUGGAGGAAGUUGCAGUGGAGGUGGUGGCGGGUCUUCGCCCGUCUUCCACCUGCCAGCAGACUUCUUCCACCCAGCUGCCGCCGCUCAUCCGGGCAGUCCCGGGAACAGCGUCAGCCCAGGAGACAGGGGGCCGUCCAGGUUGGCCUCCCCAGCAUCCUGGGCCUCCCUUCGCUCACCCGGAGCCAACAGCAGGCCCCUGAGCUCUCAGCACCCGUCCCACAGCGACUCCUCCCUGGCUACGGGCAGUUCAGAGGGCAGCCUGCAGACCACUCUGGAGGAGGGUCUCAGCUUCAGCGUCUCCCCGCCUCGGGACCUGGAUCUCCCUGAACCAGCCACAGGAGACCAGGGCAACCCUUUACUAAAGAGACGCAGCACUACCUUCACCCUCCAAGCCACCAGGGGGCACCAGAGGAGCCAGAGCAGCUGCGGCGGUGGCAGCACCAGCCCCGGCUGUCCCCGGCAAGACUCCAUGGACCCCUCAGACGAGGAGGUGGGCACGGGGACAGGCGGAGACGGCUGCCGUCAGAGCUUUAACAGCGAACACUUGUCAGAAACACUGAACAGCCUCUCGCUGACGUCGCUGCUCACCCCGGGCUCUCUGGCACCCCCACUGGUGAAGAAAUGUAACAGCACAGGCUCUCUGGACCAGACCAAUCUAUCCGCCCGCAGCAAAGACGGACGCCACUUCUACGGCAUAGAUGCCCACGGCUACUUGUCCAACCGCUGGACGGAAGGAAGGGCGGGUGGUAAGGAGGAGGACAGUGAAAUCACAGGCUUCAGCAUGAAAAGCAGCAGCCGAGCCACAGACACAACCUCCAGGAAAAACAGAUGA